AUGGCGGGAACCACAGUUUCCAGAUAUGAUGUUAAAGAACACAUGGUGCUACAAGAAAUAUCAACUUCAAAGUUACCAGUCGUUAGGACUGCACCCGGUGUGGCCUUAACUACCAAAAGACCUACUAUAUACUUAUCCUUGAAGCCGAUGCGUUGUGUUGCACAUGGGAUGCGUCAACAAUGUAUAGGUCCAAUGCAUGAGAACCUUAUAGGUGUUAACCAGUGCCAAACGCCACUGUGUGCAUGUUUCCCGAAAGAAAUUGUUCUUCUGCCAUCUGGUGCCAUAAACGACAAAACUUUUCUGCCUAAAAAGGAAAUGUUGCCGAUUGAAAAAGAAACAAUAAAUGAUGAAGAAUUUGUAGAUAUACUGAAUUCAGCCAGUGCCACAAAGUCCCAAGUCGUUUUGGAACAACCUUCGAAACUUUACAAAGUUGGUGAUGUAAUUAGAGUUAAAAUUCAUCUAAUUGAUGGAAUAGGUAGACGAAGAUUAAUUGGAGGUGACGAUAUUCGUGUUUGGAUGAAAUCAACAAAUGGUAACUAUAAAGCCAGCGGUGAUGUUAUAGAUUUAAAAAAUGGGUCUUAUAUUGCUACAUUUAAAGCUCUGUGGAACGGAGAUUCCAUUAUACACACAGCUAUACCUUAUACAAGGGAAGCAAUCGCAUCUAUGUUGAAAUGGCGACGCCAAUAUAAAACUCUAUUCUAUUAUUAUGGAAUAUUUUUAAAGGGAAAAUUGCAGGAAUAUGUGUUAUGUUCUAUGUAUUCUACCAUACCUGGCUAUACAUCCGUGUGUAAUUUAACAGAUGUCAAUGAUAAUUAUCCCUGGUUUUGUGGUCGACCACUCAAUCCUCUUCUCACCUGCGAUGAUUUUAAAUUGGCAAAUGACUUUGAUUAUACCCAGAUACCAGUAACCACUGCAGAGUUCAUCACAUUUAAUAGAAAUAACACUAAAACAGUUCUUCAAUCAGUAAAAGUCCAUGUUGAUAGCGGAUGGUUGGAAGAACCGCGAGUCAAUUGUAGCAGCCUGCCAGUAAGAGAUACCUGGAACACCAAAAUGCCAACUGGAUAUUUUCAACAUGAUGAAUGGAAACAACUAAAAUGUAAAAACCAUAUAAAAAAGGAUUCCAUUUUGUCAUGUAUAGAAAAUACAACGCUGAUUAUCUAUGGCGACUCUACAACAAGACAGUGGUACAAAGCAAUGCUAAAUUUAACUAAUUGUAAUCAAUCUACGGAAGAAUGGACUAAACCUAAAUGGUAUGAGUAUUCUGUCUGUAAAUCUAAAAACAUAAAUUUUACUCUGAUAUGGGCUCCUCAUGUAUUUCCAUUUCCCAACGGACACAAACAAGCUAAUGGUAAGAUGAGUCUGAAAUCCGCAGUUACAUCUCUCAAUGAAUUACCAUCCACUGGAAAAGUGAUUUUUGUUUUACAUUAUUUUUGUCAUUUCGUCAGACAACAUUACACACUAUAUAUAAACCAUGUAAGGUCGUUAAAAACAGCAGUUAGAAACGCUUUAAAGAGAAACAAAGAUAUAAAAGUUGCUAUUAAAUCACCUCAUGUGUUUUAUCACACAAUGUGUCCAUCGUGUUUAAAUGACUUUCAAGGAAAAAUAUUUAUUGAUGUGCUGCAGAGAGAGUUUGAAGAGUUUAAAGAUUCAGUUAUAUUUUUGAAUUUUUGGGACAUGAAUACUGCUAUUGCAAAUGGACCUAUUCAUCCUGUGUAUAAGGUAGUGUGGGAAAAUUUGAGAUUACUGUUUGGUUAUGUAUGUAGGUGA